AUCCCUAAUUUUCAAUCGGUCUCAAGGUUUCGAUCUGAAUUAAUGGAAUUCUCAGAGGAAGAUUGCUACACUGAAUCGGAAUCUGGUUCACAAUUUUCCGAUGAUUCGCUAAACGAUCCGAAUUUCGACAUUGAGGAGACCCGAUUGACGCUAUCAAAUCUCUCGCUAAAGCGAAAAUCGAAGAUAUCGAAGAUCAGUCGCGAUGAAGAAGGGGAUGAGCUUGAUGAGAAGGAUAAAAAGAGCUAUGAAAUUAUUAAGAAAAUGAUUGAAGGUGGUCAGGUUGAAAAAUUGAAGGUGGAUGAAUGCAAGAUUUAUUUAAGGAAUCAUGGAUUGAGGCUGAGUGGGAAGAAAGACAUACUGAUAGAGAGGAUUAAGGAGCAUGUGGAUAUUGUCAAUGGUGGUGGGGAGGCUAAGUAUCCACAGUCUAGUUUUGUGUUGAAUUGCAAAGGUGAUGCUUGCAAGGGAGACGUAGUCAUCUUUGAACAGAAUGUUUAUGACGAGUUUAGUAUUGUGUCUCGUAGUUCCAAAGGUGGUGUUUGUGGAACGAGGAUUGUUGCGGGGAGGAUUUUGAAGGAGAGCUAUGGUGCUGCCAAGCAGCAACACACGUUCACGAUCGAAGUGCUAUGGAGUAAAGGAGAGAAACCACUGCCUCCACUCCAUCCUCUGCUCAUCAAAGGCAGGAAUCUCUAUAGGUUGAAAACAAUGAGACAGAAAUGGGAAGAUGAAGGAGAAAGGCAGAGAAUUUUGUUCGAAAAGCAUGCCAGAGGUGGCGCUGCUCGUUCCAACAGGGAAGCGCGCAUACUGAAGAAGGAAAAGCGACAAACGCAGAGGGCUGCAAUAAACGAGCAUCCAAAUGGAAAACGAGAAUACAAGAGAGGCAAGCCAGACGAACAGAUCAACCGCCCCCAACAGCAGCAGCAUGAAGCUCACUUUUAUACUGCAACUCAGGAAUUGAACAUUCCAACUCAGCCAGUAAAGCUGGAUGCGAAUCCUAAUUAUAGCCGAAGACAGCCUUUGAUGGCUACCAACUGCAACUUUCCGCGUCCCGGUAUAGUUCCUAUUUUGAAGAGUCCGACUCAAGAAGAACGACAUCUGAAGUAUCCAAUUUACAGAAGUCCUGUAAGAGGGCAUCCUCAGAUCUUUCCUUCAUAUCCCAUUAAUCAUCCCGGCUUUCCAGUACAAAGGCAUGCAUUCAAGGAAAAUAUGGGAUACUCGCAGCAAAGUUUCGCUUACCAUAUACAGAAUACGAAUGCAGUAGGGAGUCGACCAGUUUACCAGCAAGUUCAUGAAAAACAGCAGAAAUGUCGUUACUUUGGUCAAGGAAGGUGUCACUUUGGGGACCGAUGCAAGUUUUCGCAUGAAUUAGCUUCAAAUAGAUGAAAGGUAGAAUCCAAGUUCACCUUUUUAUCAUCUGUGAUUUGAUUCUAUCUUUUUGUUGAGUGGAAAUUUAGUUUCCCAUUGUGCAAGAACAUGAUUUGAAUUCAUUUUGAAUCAGAUAUAAUGAAUUUUCCUUCUUGAAUGUGCAA